AUUAUAGAUUCAAAACACCUUAACAAGCUUGUAGACUUUCAAGAAGGUAUGGAUUUGAAGUUUGCUUACAAGCUUACAUCUGAACAUCUUGAUGAAAAACAUUUCAACAAAAUGAAAGUAUCAAGAGCAACAUCUGUAAUGAAUCAUGAUGUAAGUUGUGGAUUAAAAUUUAUUGCAAGUGAAAUAAAAGAUGAUUCUAUUCUCACAACUGCUUGGUUUAUAGGAAUUGUUGAUAAAUGGUUUACAAUAAUGACUUCACGAAACCCAGGUAUGGCUCUUAGCAUGAAAAAUGACAAAGGUUACAAUGAAACAAUAACUUUUUUAAAUGAAGUCAUAGAGAUAUUCAAUGGUUUAAAAAUAUUAGGCCAAACUGAAAAAAUAAGGUGGAAACCUAUUCAAUCUGGUGUUAUAUUAUCAACAACAUCAGUUAUUAACUUGCAAAAUAAGUUUCUUCUGAAAAAAAAGUUUGAUUUUCUAAUGACAUCACGAUUUACGCAGGAUUGCCUGGAGAAUCUUUUUUCCCUGGUACGUGCAAAAUAAGUAAUUCCUACUGCUCUUCAAUUUAAAAAUAACUUGAAACUUAUUUGCGUUGCCCAAUUCUUGAAAAAAUUAUCAAAAGGCAGUUAUGAUAUAGAUGACCGUCAAUUCUUAUCUGGUUUUCUUGAUAUAGUUAAUAGUAAUGUGCAUAAACCACAGCAAAGCGGUUGCAUUUUUUACCUAAAGAUUGGGAUAAAACCUCUAACUUAAUCUUAAGUAAUGCUGAGCAAAAUUGUUUGUUUCAUAUUGCAGGUUAUAUAAUUUCUAGAGUUAAAAAAAUUUAAAAAGUUUGCA